AUGGGAAACAAUCCAACCUCUCCUUUGGAGGAAGAUUAUAAUAGCAAAUUUAAUUCCUCCUCCCAAUUGACUAAAGCAGCUCUUCAGCAUGCCAAAGAUUAUGGGUACAAGAACAUUAUUGAGUUAAAAUUAGCAACUUGGAACAGAGAGUCCCAUGGACUUUUUGAUUAUGAGAACCAGAAUACUCUGAAAAAGUUAUAAUCCACAUCAUCGGCACCAGUACUGUGUUCAGGAGCAAAUUUAAUGAGAUCAAUUGAUAUGCUGACUGGGGUGACAACAGUGAAUUACAUAAAAAUGAGUAUCAAAAUACUCCAAUCAUGCAUUUACUUUGAAAGAAUAACUCAUAUUGGCUUUAUAAUAAUAAUACAGUUGAAGAUGAAACACCAGAUGACGACCCUUCUGACAAAUUAUGGCAUAUUGUCAAAUACUACAGAAAUAAUGAGACUUUAGAUGGGUUAGGCUACAAACUGAGAAAAGGAGAUAUAAUCAGACUUGGAAGAGUCAGAUUUAGAGUCAUCGAACUCAACAGAGGUAAAUCCCAAUCUAAAGGAGAUGAAAUACCUGAAAUUAAACCCAGUGAAUAUAAGAAACUAUACUCAACUCUAGAGAAUAAAGAUGAAAAAUAAUCAUGAGGUAAAGGUAAAUAAUUACCUAAAACAAGCUGGAGGACUCACAAAGAACUUUAAAAAUAGUAAAUUAAUAGGAACUAAUCCUAAUAUCUUAUUUGAAGAGGAAGGUAUGGAGCAAGUUGAGGCUCUCAGCUUCCAUAAAAAUGACAAGAGCAUAUCAAGUUCCAGAAAGACAGAGAAACAGCUAAUCUGUAGGAUAUGUCUUCUUGAGUUAACUGAGGAAGAAGAGGAAGAUAACCCAGCAAUCUCUCCUUGAAAAUGUAGUGGAACAAUGAAAUAUAUUCACUUUGAGUGAUUAAAAACAUGGCUUUCAGCGAAAUGUGUUGUUCAGAAAAGAAGUUAUGAUAAUGUAAGUUAUAACUGGAGAACAUUUGAUUGUGAACUCUGCAAAACUGAGUUUAAAGGAAUAAUGAAUAUAAAGGGCAAACUCAUUGACCUAAUCGAUAUUGAACGUCCAGAAGAACCAUUUAUUAUCCUUGAAGGAAUCACCUCUAAUUUCUCAAAAUCUUUCCAUGUUCUCGGAAUGAAAGACCGCCCGUUCUUUAGAAUUGGAAGAGGGCAUGAUAGCGAAGUUAGAAUUGGUGAUAUUUCUGUCUCACGCUUGCAUGCACUAAUUAAAUAGAGCUGAGAAUAAUAACUUUUACAUUGAAGACUGCAAAUCAAAGUUUGGAACUUUGGUUCAAGUUAGAAGACCCAUCAAGCUAACAAAUCAACCAGCAUUAUUUCAAAUCGGAAGAACUAUAUGAGACUUGAGAAUUCCUAAAUCUUUAACUUUCUGAAAUCUGUGAUGCCCAUGUUUCAAUGAAAUAUCUCAAAGAUCAAAGAAUGGUCUUGUGACUUUAAACGGAAUCGACUAUUUUCCAAAAGAAUAUCUUGACCCAGAAGAAAAAGAAGCAUAUAUUCAUGAGAUUGAAGAACUGAGUGAUUUCUUUAGAAAUAUUCCAAACCCGAAUGCUUUAGAAAGAGGUGAUCAUAACAGGCCUCAUAAUGAAUCUGAAAGCUAUAGCGAGCCUCCAAGAAUUGAUCUUGGUAGACAAUCUCUUAAUAGCGACCCUGAUAAUAGAGAAGAAGGCAAAUCUCUGAUGGAAGAUUUUCAUGACAGAAACAGACCUGUUGUCCUUUUAAGUAGAAUUGUUAGAACCCCUAGAGUGGAUGAAGCUAAUUUUGAUAAUGCAAUCGAAGAAGAAAAGGAAGUUAGUAAUGGAAUAAACUUGCCUAUGAUAAAUACAGGAUCUUCUGAAGAAGCGCGAUCAGAUAAUUCAUAUUCUCAAGACAACAUAAAAAUGAACGAGCAGGAUGAAGAGCCAACUGAUAAAAUUUUGAUAAAGUCAGGAGAAAAGAGUCAGAGCCACAAGAAAGACUCCUCUCAGUUGAAAAUUUUGGAGAAGAAGGAACAUCCAAGUGCUUACUUUGACUCCAGUAUCAACAUCAAACAAAUCGAGGCUAGCAAUUUGGCUAUGAUAAAGUAACUUUAGCAAGAGUGUUGAAACUUUUAAGAAAGCUGAUAAAUUCAAAGGAAUUAAAAAUAGGCCGAAUACACCGGAAUUUGAUAGCAAAAUGGAAAAGUUAAAUAUUAAUACAAGGAAUAUAGAAAGCCAUAGAGAGCUUAUAGAAGAAUUGAAGGAUACCCAAAGAGACAACGUACUUAUGCAAGAAUCAAAAAUUGAGGAUCUAAAGGAGAAUACUAAUAUUAGCAUUCGUGAAGAAGAUGAGAAUAUCUUUGGCAUGUAUGGUAGCAUUGACGAGCAGAAUGCUCUGGUAAAUCCUUGUUUUGAUGCUAAUUCACGAGCUGCUACACAUCUUCAGAAAAACUCUUUGUUUCAAGAGUCUGAACCCACUCCAUUGGCAAAGAAGGUAGAUAAAGUUACCUGGCUUAAUAAAAGUAUAAAAGAGGAAUCGAGAGAUUCACUGAAUAACUUUGACUUUAAUAAUUCUGAAGUUAACGGAAAUAAUGAGGAAGAAAAAGAUGAAUUCAAAAAUUCAUUUUCCCAAAAUGCUGACUUAAAAUUUCCUGAAUUACCUUCUUUAAGGUUAAGAAUGACUCCAAAUGAAGAUGAUAAUAGCAAUAAGAGUCAUGAUCAUGAAAAUCUUGUCCUUGAAGAAGCAACACCUGUAUUAAAUAAAUGAGCAACUUUGUGACAAAAUGGUGAUAAAAGAAAGAUUGACUUAGACAAACUUGAAAAUUCAAAUAGCAAAGAUGAUCCUAGCAAUCCUAUUGAAAAGAAGAAAACUAUUGCAAAUAAAUUAAUCAAAAAAUUAAAGAGCCAGAAAUUGAGAAGACGAGUGAAAGGAAAGAAGAGAAAGCUUAAACCAUAUGCGACUUCUUUGUUACCUUCACAUAAAAAUUAA